UGAUAAACUUAUUAAAUAGAUUGAUCUGGUUGAUGCCUUCGGUGUUGAGUCGACUCCUCCUGGCACCCGACCGGCUGUUCUCUGUUCCAGGCAGUCCAGCUGUGCCAAUUGUGGAGCCAUGCAGUGUCAUCUCACACCCUUGGUGUCAGACGUGUCUCGAGGCCAACAAAACGGUCAUACGCACUGUGCUCUAUAAGUGCUUCAGGACUUACUUCACUCUCUACCUGGUUAGUGGAUUAAUUCGACUGAAAAAAUGGCCUUACUGGAGACAAAAUUUUUGGAAAGACGUAUUCAGAUCUACUUUUAUGCUCAUGUCAAACGGCUGUGCUGUCUUCUGCCUUAACUGCUGCUCGAGGAACCUGUUUGGGAUGAUGACGCCGACUCUGUUGCGCCUGGUGAUUCUAAUGGGGAGCUCAAUGGCCAUCUUUUUCGAGCGACAAUCCCGCCGAUACAUCCUCGCAUUCUUCAUGGGAUCCAAUGCUGUGGAGUGUGUGUAUAACCGGAUGGUGGAAUCUAAACAGAUCAGAUCAAUUAAACACUUCGACACUCUCAUGUUCGUAGCUGCCAGUGCAAUCAUGGGAUGCUUCUUCAAAAGUGAAGAUGACGAAAUGAAGAGAGUAUCUUCCGAUAUUGUCAAGCCCCUAUCGGUCAUUUUUGGCAACUACGAAAGCGAGACGUCAACUGAGAUACCAACUGACUCAACUGGAAUCUCGGAAAGUUUUAGUCCAAGAACUUCAUUGACACGGCGUUCCGAUGUCUUGGAUUCCUUCUUUAAAACAGAAAUAAUGCGGAAGCUGAAUAUUAGAAUUACAAGGUUCUUCACUUCUAAAUGUGCCCAUAGAAGCAAAAUCUGUCUUCAUCCUCAGCCCUGCCUUCAAUACAUCACUUAUGGUGCUCUUCGUGGUUUAUCUCUGGGAUACUCAGCCUCAUUUGCAUUCAACAUUCUACGCAAUCUGUCCAAAAUCACCCAGCCGAGAAAAUUCAUCUCGAGAGUGUUCGACAAGUACAGUGUGCAAACAGCUGUCUUUUUGUCUCUAUUCGUUUCAACAUUCCGAGCCAGCGCAUGUAUCCUCAGGGCCUUCCAGAAAAGAAACUCUGCUUUCGUCGGUGCCAUUGCCGGUUCAGUGAGCGGUUUCAGUUUUGUCUUCCUCCGAAGCUACAUCAUAUCUCUCUACGUGUUCCUCAAAUCGGCAGAAGUGCUCAUCAAAUACGCCAUCAGAGACACGUGGAUCGAUAGGUUCCCCUACAAGUCAGAGAUCAUCUACGCUCUUUCAGUAGUGGAAACUAUAUUCGCGAUUUUGAUUUGGCCUCAGAAUGUGCGACCUCAAUACAGAGACUUUGUGAAUGACGUCAGCGGGGACAAAUUCAAACAUGUGAAUCGGAGACUGGCAGCCGCCCAUUGGAAUCUGGACGUGAAACAUGUGCCCAACUACCCCCCUCCCGACAGAGAACUGCAACUGGCAUAUGAGGAAAUAGCUCGCAUGCAGAGACUAAAACUGCACAAAUAGAUUUAUAAAAACUCUUUACACUUAUAAAUACUUUCUAUUAUUUCCAGUCUUGAUUUUUGAUGAAAGAAAGUUUUAUCAAACGACAUUCAAUAACUUUUUACUCGUCAUAUUUCUCGUGCUUUUGUUCCGAUUUUCGAAGAAAGUAAGGAAUAUAUAUCCUCGGGGUAUUUUUGUUUAUUCAGACCAUUUCUCAAAAAUAUUUUCCACGGAGGAUCGAUCCAAUGAUAUU